AUGGCAGAGCAUGAACAUGAAUUUGAGGGCCACGAAGAGGAAUUGGAGGCACCAAAAGAUUCAUUAUGGAGGGAUGAACAUGAAAUGGAAAAAUCUGCAAAUAUCGUUUAUUUUCUUACCUUGGGAAUUGUUUCAGGGUUGAUAUUAAGGGAGAUCAAUAAAAAGACAAAGUAAUCGAAGUGAUAUAAAGUUAGAUUCCCGUAUUCUCCAAUGAUUUUAUCAUUGGGUAUAUUAUUGGGAUUACUUUAAAAAAGUUUGGGAUAUGUUGGUGAAAGUGCAAGUAUCUUGUCAAAAAUGCAUCCUCACUUGAUUGUGUUUGUGUUUGUCCCUGUUUUGCUAUUUGAAUCAGCUUUUAAUUGUGAUUGGUAUACUUUCAAAUAUCAAAUGGUCAACAUCUUACUAUUAGCUGGUCCAGGUUGUGGUUGGGUAUUUGACAAUUCUAAUAAUAGGGUGCCAUUCUCCUUGGAGCUAUAUUUAAAAUGGUUUUACGAUAUGAUGAUAAUGAUAUGACAUGGUAUUAAGCAUUUACUCUUGGUUCUGUUUUAUCGGCUACAGAUCCUGUGGCUGUCGUUGCUUUAUUAAAGGAGUUAGGGGCUAGUUUGGCAUUCAACCAUUUAAUAGAGGGGUAUUAGUAAUUAUUCCAUAAUUAGAGAAGCUUUGUUGAAUGAUGGAGUGGCCAUGGUGUUUUUUAUAUUUUUUAACAAAUUUUCAAAAGCAGCUAGUGGAAAGGGAGAAGCAGUGACUGCAAGUUAAGUUGUUCUCAAUUUUGUAAGGAAUUCGUUGGUCGGACCAGCCUUAGGAUUAGUAUUGGGAAUAUUGGCUGCUUUAUGGACAAAGAGAAUUUUAGGUGAUGAUAUCGAGGUCACAUGGUUAACAUUUGUAUUCACCUAUCUAACAUUUUAUUGGGCAGAGUUUUGCUUUUUUAAAACUAGUGGAUUGCUUGCAGUAGUAGGUUUAGGUUUAUUUUGGAGUGCUUUUGGAAAAACAAGAAUAAGAUCAUCAGUUGAACAUUCUGUACAUACUGUUUGGGGAUUUGUCUAAUAUUCUUGUGAUACUUUAAUUUUCUUAUUGGUUGGAAUUAUUGUUGGUACUUAAGUUAUUGAAGAAACAUUUAUCCAUAAAUCUGAUUAUAUUAGAAUGAUAGUGUUUUACUUUUUUAUGAUUUUGGCUCGAUUUAUAAUGAUAUUGACAUUCUGGCCAUUUUUAAGAUGUUUUGGAUAUCCUAUCUCAAAGUCAGAAUUCAUAGUUCUUGUAUAUGGAGGUUUAAGAGGUGCCUUAGGUUUAACGUUAUCUUUAAUGGUUGGAUGUGAUGAAGAAUUGCCAGCUAGAUUUAGACAUUUGUCAGUCUUCUAUGGAGCAGGAAUGGCUGCAAUAACAAAUUUAAUUAAUGGUACCACUUGCAAAGCCUUGGUGCAAUAUUUGGAGAUGAUAGAAAAUCCAGUUGUUAAGAAGAAGGUGUAUAAGAAAUACUUGGAAGAAUUGAUAGUAAAUUCAUAAGAUAAAAUGAGAGAGUUAGAGUCAGAUUAAUUUUAUAGUAUGGCUGAUUGGAAUUAAGUGAAUUAAUUAAUUGGCCAACCUAAAUUUAUAGAGAAGAUAGAGAAAUUAGAAACUGAAAUAAAAUAUAUGUUAGGUAGUAAUAAGGUGUAAACAAGUUCAUCAAACUUAUACGAAGGAUUAACAGAUCAAGAAAUUUUUGGAGAAGUUAGAUACAGAAUCUAUCGAAUUUUGAAGGGUUUGUAUUAUGACAAAUUUGAAUAUGGAUUGUGUGAAGAAGACACAGUUCGUUUGUUGGUUGAAUCAAGUGAUAUAGGUUUGGAUCACACAAAAGCAAUUUUAAAUAUUUGGGAUUAAUUAUAUAAAAAUUUCUUAAAUUUUAGCAGUGUGAACUUUUUCUUUAAAGUCAAGGAAAUGCCAUUAAUAGGACCAUUUGCAAGAGACUAUAUGAUUAAGCAUUUAGGAUUUGUUUAUGAUGUAACCACCACAUUUUUAUCUUGUGCAACCGAGGCAUUUCAUUUGACUGGAAGUUUCCCAAUGAGUAAGGAUGCAAUUAGAGUUGUGAUGGAAGAACUCAAUAAGGAAAUUGAAAAAGCAGAAGGAUAUUUGGGGAUUCUGAAUGAUACUUUUCCAGAGAUUGUUAGAGCAAUCCAAACUAAAAGGGCAUCUCAUUCCAUUUUAACACAUUAAAGACAUUAUCUCGAUGAUACACAAUAGAAUGGAUUAGUCGAUGAAAAAGAAUAUUAAUUGCUUAAAAAGGAAAUCAAUACAAGAUUGGUUGAUUUAGAAAAUCAUCAAUUUGAUAUGGUUUUACCAUCUUUCCACGUUUUGGCUAUGGAAUUUCCAAUAUUUUCUGGUCUUGUUUCAACUGAUUUAGAUAACAUAAUUAAAAGUGCUUAUGAAAAGAAGUUUGGACCAGAUGAAAUUAUAUAUGAAUAAGGAAUGACAUGCUAGAACAUAUAUAUUGUAAGCAAAGGUAAUGUUGUCGAUGAAUUUCCAGGAGGUACAAUAAGGAAAGGGUUAGGAACCUUAAUUACAUAUACUAAUCUUAUAGGUGAUGGAACAUGCAUGAGUACAGCUAAAACCACGGCUGACUCUUUGCUGUAUUCUUUAAAUCUCAAAAUUCUUAAAGAUUUGAUGAGUAAGAAUCCAGAUUUCGAAUUCAAGAUAUAUAUUAAUUCUCUUGGUAAUUAGCUCAGUUAUUCAUAGAAUAUUUAAGAAAGAUGUUUGAAAAUUAAGCUGGACCACUUGCAAAUGUAGAAAUUAAGAGAUUAUUGGAUUUCUUAAGAACUAAAAGUAAAUUAAAAAAAUUUACUGCAAAUUAAAAAUGUGAUUUUAUUUUUGGCGGAUAUUUAUUCAGGGGUGAAUUGAAGGACAUCAACAAUUUAGUCUAUUCUCAAUAUACGUAAAUAUCAUAUAAUAUGACUUAGUUAUAUACCUCCACAAGAUACAGAGUGCUUGGUAACCAAAGAUUGCCAGUGUUUGACUUUUGAAGAUUCAGUAGAUUCCUUUAAUAAUCAAAUGUUGAAAUAACUUGAUUUAGAUCCCCAUAAAGACUAGUAGAUUUAAGAAAGAUAUUCAUAGAUUAAGCGUACUUCUAUGAUGGAAAAAAGCAAACAAAAUUGA